GCACGCCCGCGAUCCUCGCGAGGAUAAGAAGAUUAGAAAAUGGAAAUGCGUCAACUUUGUGUGUGCUUUAUGAAAUUAAGUCCACUCGCGAGAAUUGCUGAAGAUGACCCAAACUUGGUCAAGUUUACUCACUCCAGAACUAUACGACUUUAUUAAGAAAAUAAAACAUAUUGUUGGUGAAGCCAUGUCUGUCAAAAGAAUCUCCACCACAAAAAAGGGGGAGUAUUACAAUCAAUUCACUGUAUAAAAUAUAAUUCUCAGUUAAUUAUGUUCGUAAUUCCUUUUGAAAUUAAAACAGGCAAGGUUGUCGGAUGACUUUUAUUUUGAAGGCAAGCCACCGUGGCUUCAACAUAUGAGCUUGACGCAGUUAUCCGCCACGUCCAAAAGUCGAGAACGUUGAUAAGAGUCUCUCUGGCAGAUUACAAAAACUUUGCCUCCAUUAAGUACAGUAUUGCCUCACUGGCUUGAUUCCCUCUCAUGGCUUGAAUGCUGACUUGUCAGCUCGGCUGGCCUUUAGCCUUCGCACCUUUGCUCCCCACGUUGCCGCGAGCAGCCGCUUGCUAACGUCAACGUGCAACUUCCUGCUUCUGUUGUCGUCCCGAUUGUGUUGCUGGUCCGUUGGGUGAACACCAUCACGGAGAGGUUCGUGUUCGUGGUCAGGUCUUCGAAGCAUCAAUACCAAAAUGUCCUCAAAGCAAGAUGGAGCAAAAAACAUCAUGUGACUGAUCAGAAGAUGUCUUAGUCGUACAGCUACUGUUUCAGACCGCUUAGCUCCCAGUUACCCCCGAGCCCCGCCCCAAACACUCGAGGGGGCCUGGGCAACAGGGGGCCAUGCUGGGCUCCAGGCCAAAAAGCAGCAGGCAAUCGCUGUGGCGCUUUCUGCUCCCGCCUCGCGUCCGUCAGGAGCGAGUGGUGUUGGCCCGCAGCGAGAGCCUGCCCAGUGACCAGGUGCUGAAGAUCAUCGUCACGGAGACCACGGUGAUCAAGGCCGGCUCAGGGGUCUGGAACCGCCGCUCCCUCACCUACCUGGCCCUCUGGUACUUCUUCAGCUUCUGUAACCUGUUCCUCAACAAAUACAUCCUGUCGCUGUUGGAGGGGCAGCCGAGCAUGCUGGGUGCGGUUCAGAUGCUCUCCACCACCAUAAUUGGCUUCCUGAAGAUGUUCGUGCCCUGCUGCCUUUACCAGCACAAAUCCAGGAACGAGUAUCCUCCCAACUUCAUCAUGAUCAUGCUCUUCGUUGGACUGAUGAGGUUCACCACGGUGGUCUUGGGCUUGGUGAGCCUGAAGAAUGUGGCCGUGUCUUUUGCCGAGACGGUGAAGAGCUCUGCGCCCAUUUUUACUGUCAUCAUGUCCAGGUUGAUUCUUGGAGAGUACACAGGCUUGUGGGUGAAUCUGUCGCUGUUCCCCGUCAUGGCGGGCUUGGCUCUCUGCACGGCCACAGAGCUCAGCUUCAACUUGCUCGGGUUCUCCGCUGCGCUCUCCACCAACAUCAUGGACUGUUUACAGAAUGUCUUCUCCAAGAAACUAUUGAGCGGCGACACUUAUAAAUUCAGCCCUCCAGAACUACAAUUUUACACCAGCGCAGCAGCGAUCAUAAUGCUCAUCCCAGCCUGGAUUUUCCUCUUGGAAACUCCCGCAACCGAGAAGAGCGGACAGACGUUCACCUUCAGUCGGGACAUCGUCUUGUUGUUGCUCUUCAACGGCGGCCUGUUUCACCUGCAGAGUGUCACUGCCUACGCUCUGAUGGGACGCAUUUCUCCGGUUACUUUCAGCGUCGCGAGCACCGUGAAGCACGCCUUGUCCGUGUGGCUGAGCGUCAUCGUGUUCAGCAAUCAGAUCACCAUGCUCAGUGCCACCGGCACCAUCCUCGUGUUUGUGGGGGUUUUCUUGUACAACAAAGCCAGGCAGGCCCAGCGGCAGCGCAUGCAGGCCAUGGCUGCACAGCAGAAUUCCAAACUAUCGCCACAGGAGCAGAACAUCCAACAUGGCCCGCCGCAGCCUCACUAGAGUCUCCACGAUUUAUUUAUUUUUUUCCAAACUGGCCAGACACGUUCGUCGCCUUGCACACAUUCCACUCAUGGAGGACCAUAAUAAGAAUAUGAAUAAUAACAAGUUUCAGGUGUUGGGAAAGUGACUGUUGUUGAAAGGUGAAACAACGCCUUUAAUAUUCCUGUGGAACAUUUCAUGGCAGUUCGCAACACGCAAGCAUUUGACAAAAACGAGAAGCUCAGGGUGUCCUUCAGCGUUUUUGGAGGAAGUCAGUUCUUUUGAAGCAAUUUUGUCUCGCGUCUGGAUUCUCGGCUGUGCCCGUGAAUCUCAUCUGUGGUACAGCGGCUGUCAACGUACGCCACGGCUUGGGGGGGCGGGGCACCUCAGCUUUGCUACGCUGUGGGGAAUACACACAAUGCGAUAAGAGCUGCUUUGAAAGAUUCCUGUGCCCAAGUGUAGAUUUUUAAGCCACUCGACACAUUUUAAGAUGCGUCUUAAAAAUAUGACGGACAGAUUACUGCAUUCCGGGAAUGCGCCGUCCUCAGUUGCCAUCAAACUCAUUCCCAGUGCAUGCUGAGAUUGAAGCGACGAGAAGAGGAGAAACAGCUUAAAGAUGCUUGAAAAAAAAUGGAUCCAUGUAUUUGAAUAACCUCCCAAAUUAGGAAAACGCUUUGGUAAAAAAAAUCUUCCUGUCCCAUAUUUUA